AUGCUUUUCACACGCCAGCACGCACAGAAGGCGCACUGCCUCUCCUCCAACUACAAGUUUGAACUCGUUGUUGAUGACCCCCGCCUCAUCGGCUUCGUUUCCUGGAAGCUUCUCCGCACACUUGAAGCAGGCACGGUGCCCAUCUACUAUGGCGCACCGGAUGUGGACAACUUCAUGCCGCCCAGUUCGUACAUCGACGGGAGGAAGCUUCCCACGCCCGCCGAGCUGCUUGCCGCACUGCAGGAGCUGCACCUUGACCCCUUGAAGUACAUGGACCUGUUCGCGUGGCGCACAUGCGGUGUGUGGGGGCAGUACGCCCACGUGGACGCGCUGGGCUUCCGCUCGCUGCCCUGCCGCCUCUGUGAGGCUGUCAGCGCCCGCCAUGGCCGCCUCUUCCACCGCCACUAG